AUGCCCGUCCUAAGGUCAAGGCGGAGUAACCAACUGCUGUUCCUGGGAAUCAUGACACUCACAGUCACAGUGAUGUUCCUGCUGUUCUUUGCUCUCCUCUGGAAGGCCGGCAACCUUAUCGACUUGCCCAACCUCAGAAUUGGCUUCUACAACUUCUGUCUUUGGAACGAGGGCACUGGAGCCCUACAGUGUCACCAGUUCCCUGAGCUGGAGGCCCUGGGGGUGCCUCGAGUUGGCCUGGCCCUGGCCAGGCUUGGCGUAUACGGGGCCCUGGUCCUCACCCUCUUCAUCCCCCUGCCUCUCCUCCUGGCCUGGUGCAACAGUAACGAGGGAGAGUGGCAGCUGGCCGUGGGCUUCCUGGCCACGUCCUCCAUGCUGCUGGCCAGCGGCCUGGGCCUCUUCCUCACCUACACAUGGAAGUGGCUCCAGCUCUCUCUCCUGGGGCCUGGGUUUCUAGCUCUGGGUGUUGCCCAGGGCUUACUCAUCCUCUUGCUUAUGGCCACAGUCGUGUUCCCUCAGAGGGCAAAGGACAAGAACUUGAGAGCUGCUAGCUCUAUCUAA